UAUCUGAACCCUCUUUCUCUGCAGGGUUUUCUCUUCGCCUCCUUCCUUCCUUCCUUCAACUUCACCGUCCUUUCUUUUCCGUACGAAAAAUGGUGUGCAAACGGCAGAAAUUAGCUCGCAAAAAAUUCAAGCAAGAGCACCCGGAACUCUUCGUCAAACCCGAGCCAACAGCCCCAAAGGACCCGAAUAAGAAGAAGAAAAAGAAUAGCAAGUUCAAGCGCAAGAAAUCGGAUCCCAAUGACCCGAGUAAACCCAAAAGAUCCAGUAGCAAAAAACACCCGCUUAGAAUACCCGGAAUGAGACCCGGUGAUACCUGUUUUAUUUGUAAAGCUGAUAAUCAUAUUGCCAAAAAUUGCCCAGAAAAAGCCCAAUGGGAAAAACACAAGAUAUGUUUGUUAUGCAGGCAGCGCGGUCACAGUCUCAAGAAUUGCCCGGACAAGAAUGAGGAGAACAUUGACAAGAAGUUAUGUUAUAAUUGUGGAGAAUUUGGGCAUUCUCUUGCUUCAUGCCUCCAGCCUCUUCAAGAUGGAGGAACAAAAUAUGCAACUUGCUUUGUUUGUAAACAAGAAGGACAUAUAAGUAAGGAUUGCCCUAAAAAUGCGCAUGGAAUUUAUCCUAAGGGUGGUUGUUGCAAAAUAUGUAGUGGUGUAACGCAUUUGGCGAAAGAUUGUCCAAACAAAAGCGCUAGAGGUUCUAGCAUGUCCAAUGAGGGUAACAAUAGACCAUCUAGAAUAGAAAGUAUGGCGAGAGGGCAGGUGACUAAAUUUUCGAGCGGUGAUGAUCUUGAAGACGAUUUCACAAUGAUAGAUGAUGGUAAAGAGAAGAAUAAGUCUGUGGUGAAAGCUGAUACUGCUUCUAACGAACCGAAUGUAAAAUCAAAGAAGAAACAAGGGACCAAAGUGGUUAACUUUGUCGGUUAAGGAUUAAACGUUCCGUCCUGUUUGGGAUGCAAUUUUGAACUCUUUUAGGUUUGGGUAUUUAUGUGUUCAAGAGUUUGUAAAAUGAAUAUUAAGAUCAAGAGUUUAUAAAUGGUUAAUUUCUGCACCA